AUGGAGGCGUCUGCAGCCCUGGCUAUAGUGCAGGCAGAACUCAUCUGUCCCGUCUGCCUGGACUACCUCAAUGACCCCGUCACCAUGGAUUGUGGGCACAACUUCUGUAACUCCUGCAUCCGCAUGUCAUGGAAGGACAUGCAGAACAGAUUCCCUUGUCCCGUGUGCCGGCAGCGCCGCCAGGAGAUGCGCGUCAGUGCCAACGCCCAGCUGGGCAGACUGGUGGACCUGGCCAGGCUCCUGCACGUCUCCAGGAGCAGCGAGAUGGCACGGGGAGAGGAGCGCAUAUGCGAGGAGCACAGGCAGGUGGUGAGCCUCUUCUGUGAGGACGAUCAGGAGCUGGUGUGUCCUCUGUGCGCCCAGGGCCCAGCCCACGAGGGCCACCAUGUGAGAUCCUUGGCCGAGGCAGCAUCUCAUCUCAGACAGAGACUCAGUGAGCACAUAAAGUCUCUGAAGAAGCAGUUGGCAGAGAUGCAGAAGCUAGAAGUCACCCAAGACAGAAACCUUCUGCAGCUGAGAGAGGAGAUGCAAAGGCACAGGGAUCAGUUAGUCUCAGAAUUUGAACAGCUCAUCCAGUUGGUGGAGUGUGAGUAUGAGGCCAUGCUCUGCAGGCUGGGAAAAGAAGACAAACGCCUGCAGCAGCAAUUCAGCGCCAAUGUUGAUGCCUACUCAGACCGUAUCUCAGUGCUGAAAGGUCUCCACAGGGAGAUGGUGGAGCUGAGCGUGAUGUCCGAGGUAAUGGUGCUGAGGGGCGUGAGGGACUUGCAGCAGCGCUGGGAGGGCCUGGAGCCCCUGGCCGUGCAGCCCCUGCGCUUCAGGCCUGCGGCCUACAACCUCCCUCCUUUGUGCUCGGCGCUCAGCAGCAUCAUCUGGAGAUUCCGAGAGAGCAUCAGCCUGGACCCCGACACGGCCCACCCCAGCCUGCGUGUCUCCCAGGACCUCAUGUCAGUGACCUGCGUGAGGGAGAGGCCCAAAGGGGAUGGGGACCCCAGGCUCUGGGAUGACUACGCCCCACUAGUGGUCCUCGGCCGGGAGGGCUUCACCUCUGGCCGCCACUACUGGGAGGUGCAGGUGGGCGCCAAACCCGAGUGGGCCGUGGGCGUGUGCAGCGUCGCUCCUUCGGCCCAGACCUCCUGGCCCCUGGCGGCUCCCAAGAGAUGCUGGACGCUGCAGCUGCAGGACGGCGACUACCUGGCCGUGGGUGUCGGGACCGUGCCUCUGGCUCUCAGGGACCAGCCCGCGGCCAUUGGCCUUUACCUGGACUGGGAGCUGGGCCAGCUUUCCUUCUACAAUGCCGCCGACAGGUCUCACCUGCACUCGUUCACAGAGCCCUUUGCUCAAGAGCUCAAGCCCUACUUCCGCGUGGGGCCGGACUGCGCCCCUCUCUCCGUGGGCGCGGGGAGGGCUGAGAAGUUUGACACUCCCUUAGCUUAA